GUAUAAAACCCCCUCAAAUUAGAAUCUAUCUGUAUAUUCAUCAGAUGUUUUCGUUUGUGCCCGUUGUUCUCCUUGUGGCUAUCAUUGCCCGCACGCAAGCGCUCGAAUGUUACAAAGGACUUAAAGACGGUUAUCCUCCAGCGACAAGGCAGCUAUGCCCACCUGGAACGAAACAUUGUUAUGCAAAUACGGUAAUGAAAGAGUCCAAGCAGAUAAUCAAUACCUUUUACGGUUGUGCUACUUCCGCUUCUUGCAAGAAAGAAGGCUGCGAAACAAUCAAACACGGAGGCAAGUUGAUCCAACCCGGCUACAUCAAAAUGUGCUGCUGUGCUUCUGAUGGUUGCAACAAAAGCUAAACAAAAAUAAUAUCUACAAUAAGUUGUACCAGUAAUCUCCAAAUUUUGGGCUUUGUUUUGGGCGGAAUAAAUUUGUUUGCAAUGUUUU